AACCGGAAGCGUCAGUUUCAUUCCUGCUGCCGCUGGCUAACGCUACGUUGGUGUCAUCGACUUAUCGGUUUGGGGUUUGACAACAGAAACAACAGCCUUAUUUCGUGUCCAGCCACGAAUCCCUAUUUUCACUGGGGUCUCUGGAGAGAUGAACAACAACGGGAAUAAGAGAGCUCCAACCACAGCCACUCAGCGACUUAAGCAGGAUUACCUCAGGAUAAAGAAAGACCCUGUGCCUUACAUUUGUGCAGAACCUCUCCCCUCCAACAUCCUUGAAUGGCACUAUGUAGUUAGAGGUCCUGAGAAAACUCCAUAUGAAGGAGGAUAUUAUCACGGGAAGCUCAUAUUUCCUCGGGAAUUCCCCUUUAAACCACCGAGUAUCUAUAUGAUAACACCAAAUGGGAGAUUUAAGUGUAAUACAAGGUUAUGUUUGUCCAUCACAGACUUCCAUCCAGACACGUGGAACCCUGCGUGGUCCGUCUCCACCAUCCUCACAGGUCUGCUCAGCUUCAUGGUGGAGAAAGGCCCCACCCUCGGCAGCAUCGAAACCUCCGACUACACAAAAAGACAGCUGUCAGCCCAAAGUCUGGCCUUUAACCUCAAGGACAAAGUGUUCUGCGAGCUGUUUCCUGAUGUAGUCGAUGAGAUGAAGCAGAAACAGAAGGCCCAGGAGGAGUUAAGCGCCCGCACUCAGCCCCUCCCCUUACCCGACGUGGUGCCUGACGGUGACCCUCAGCACGCCCACUACGGCCUCCCAGCCCUCAACGGAGGUCCCGUCCCGCUUGGGGCCGCCAACCCCGCCCCCGGUCUGCAGCAGGCCAAUCGCAACCAUGGACUUCUAGGUGGUGCUCUAGCCAACCUGUUUGUGAUUGUGGGCUUCGCGGCGUUCGCCUACACAGUCAAGUACGUGCUGAGGAGCAUAGCCCAGGAGUGAGAGGAGCUGGUGUUGGAGGGCGGUGCUCCCCCCUCAGCAGGCGAGCCAGCUAGUGGACUCCACAUUCUACAAACACACUACGUGGGGAGGGAUGUUCAGUCCUGGGUUAAACCUCUCCUCCUCCACCGCCACCACCAUGGACUUUGGAAGACAGAAACUCAAAGCCGACCCACCCAGGAAGGAUUGAGAGCAGGGGGAGGUGGGGGAGUGGACGGGAGUGGCAGCAGGGCCGGGGGAUUGGAGGGUCUUAUUAAAACGGUUGUGAUCCACUCUGUGCUUCAGUGGUUUAUGUCAGUGGUAGGAACAAACUUGGCUCAUGGGUUGUGGAAGAGUGUAGAACAGCAGCAGUGUUGGCUGGUCACAACAGAAAUAAUGUUUGCUUGCGUGAAAUAUAACGCACCAUUCUCCUCUUGUACUAUAACGAACAUUACUUGUAAAAGCUUGUUUCCUGAUUACAUUUCGAAGCAGGUAAUUUGCUAAAGUACGUCACCCCCUGCUCAUCACCAUUACAUAAAGUAUUUCCUUCUGCAGUGUUUCCUUAUUAUUCAUGAGAUCAUAAAGUUUCCUCAGGGUGUGACUCUGACUUACUUUCAGCAUGUGGCCACUGUUGCAAAGCCAAGUGUUUUCAGAGAGAAAGGGGACGACCACAAAGCUGCUCUUUGUGGUCGUCCCAAUCCAUUGUGUACAUUAGAAGUGACCUCAACUUAAAGGCAGAAUGAGUAGGAUUUUCCUAAAAAACAGUGUAUAGACUCAUACAAAAGUAAUCCCUCUGUCAUCACUAAUGACCCACUAGAAGUGUGUGGCGGUGUCUGUAUCAGACUUAUUUUAUUCUGCUGUGUUCGUCACGUUUCUGAGCGUCAACCUUUAGGAAGUGGGUGUGUAGCCUCCAGCCAAUAACAGUGUGUCGCUUGUGAGGUUGGGACACUGAAAAAACAUGACAACAACGCUGCACUGCAGCGUAGCACUUCUGGUGUCGUUGAGCCGGGAAGGAGGGACCAACUUUGAAUGUUGUGUUUACAAGCAACAUUCCAACAAAUUUUAUUCAGUCUGCCUUUUUAAAGGACCAGUGUGUAGAAUUUAGUGGCAUCCAGCAGAACAGACUUGGAAGAAAUGUAAUAUAAUAUUCAUAAGUAUGUCUUAAUUAGUGUAUGAUCCCAUAAAAAUAAGAAUCAUUGUUCAGUUUGUUGCAGUCUGCAACCUCACCACUAGAUGCCACUAAAUCUUACACACUGGUUCUUUAAUGUGAACGUUUUUUGUCAUCACAGUCGGUUCCUCUUUUGUACAAUUCCAUGGAAUAGCUUGAAGGCAUCUGGUUUUAAGAACCGGUUUCUCUACCUUCAGUAUCAUUAUGUCAUUGACAUUGAGCAUUUCUGCAUGGGAUGUAUGUGUCUGGGUCAAGGAAGUUUGUUCCUAGGAAUGUGUUGACCUCCAGAUCAAAUGGAGCACUUAAUAACAGACCAGAGGUGGUCAAAAGACCACCUCAGUGUCAGUGUCAGGCCUGUAUUCCUUGAGGUUUCAUUAUGUGCCAAAAAUGUGUCUGCAUAUUUUAAGCACAAGUGGAACUUGUGCCACCUGUUGUCAAACAGGAAAGGGUAACAAAAAGAUGUAUCACUUAUCAAAGGUCAGUAAGCUCAUUAGCAGGUCAAGUCAAAUGACAAAUGACUAGACAAUGUACGAGACAACAGCAAAACAACAUGUGCAAGUAGUUAGAAUUAUACGCAAGUAUGGUUCAAAAAUAGAACGUCAUACACUUGUCUACACUUGUAGGCUGUACCACCCACCAGAACUUACUGCUGGUGAUGCAUGCUGGGCUGAGGGAAGUAGUCCUCCUAGAACAGACAAGUGUAUUUAUAUAUGUAUAUCUCUCUACAUAUACAAAGUAUAUAAACACAAACUUGGUGUGUCAAUCUGUAAGACAGCUGCUGAUAUGAGUCCAGAAGUUCAUCCAGUCAACCCAUGAGCCAAGCACUGAACCCAGUGUCUGCACAGAAUUUAUUAGAGACCAGUACAUUUUUUUUUAAUUGGCUUAGCUGACCAGUAUAGCACCACUCUAUAUAGGUCCAAAUAAGGAGACACGUGAGAAGAACCAACCUUUUGUUCUGUAUAUUUUCUUUUUGAUAUUUUUUUUUUCUUUUCAUUUUUUUUGUGUUUUGUUCUCUUUUAUUUAUAGUUAAAGCCUCGGCUUGUCUGUCAUGGUUCUUAGGAAAUAAGUGUUUGCUGGGCAGGGCUGAGAGGGCAAACACACACACACACACACACACACACACACACACACACACACACACAGACAGGCCAUGGCCCAGGCUCACAUAAUUGCUGAUAAUUUACUGUUGUGCAUUGCAUUUAGUAAAGAUGGUUCUACUGUGUAUCUGAUGUUUCAACAGAAAAAUGGUCUGAAAGCAGGAGAUUUGCCUUUCUAUUGCUCUUCUUUUCUUGGCACCAUCUUUAAAACAAAACAAAACAAACAAAAAAAAAGACACUGAUGAUGGGAGUGCGUUUGUGUGAUUAUACAGCAAAUGCCUACAUUUCCAUGCUUCAGUUAAUCUUGUGUGACAUUGUAUGUUUUCAUAGUAAAUGCAAAUAAAUUACCCUGCUCGGCAGGGCGUUUUAGAAGACUAUUUUUAAUCUGCUUGUGACAAAUCAUACUUUGGAAAUGUCCACAAACAUAUACCGAGUUGUCAUUUAACGAGAUCAAAGUUUUAUUUUCUUGCGAAUAAAGUCGAAAUUACUCACCAAGGCUAUAAUCUGUUGAUGAGAUGCCACCACAGGGUACACGAGUGUGUGUGUGUGCAUGUGUGUGUUGGCACUUCGCUGGCACUUCGCUGGCACAGGAUAUUGUUUACCUGAAGCAGUGCUUCCUUGGAAAUACACGAAUCCACACGUGACGAGAAACAAACCACGCCUGAGUAGGAAGGUCUUUUAUAGAGCAGCAAGCAACACAAAGAGCAAACUAGUCAAUCCAGUAGAGACUUAACCUCCAGCAAUAGAGCAGGAGACUGUCAGUGCUGCAACAGGUUGUUCCUCAGUCACUCUACUUCCUCAUCUACAUCAUCAUCAUGUUGGUAAAUGAAGAGCGUGAGUGCGUGGUGUGCUGCUACGAGUACUCCCGCAGCGAGCGCAUCCCGCGGGUCCUGCACUGCAGCCACACCUUCUGCGCCCCCUGCCUCGAGAAGUUGUCCACGCUACAGGGCGCAGUCCGCACCGUCUCGUGCCCUAUGUGCCGCUGGAUCACCUGCACUCGCGCCAGCCUGACUCUGUCCGGGGCCCUGUGGGUCAACACGGAGAUCUGGGACCAGAUUUCGGAGGAUCAGCUGCAGCAGGAGGAGGAGGAGGAGGAGGAUGAGUCGGAUCAUAAGAGAAACGCUCAACUCAUGGAGACAACGCUCCCCGACUCAAGGCACCCCGGUUUGAUGUCCACACUCCAAAAGAUGUUCAGCUGUGUGCUGAUGCAAGCACAAGAGAUGGAGGGCUGCUGACAGUUAAACAUCUGCCUUCAUCCUUCAUGUGGAGAUUUAUGGACUUUAUGAACGAGGCAGCGCGUCAAGUUUGCAAGACUCAGUGCGGUUUACAUGAGCUGAGUUCAAUGUUAUUGUGGACGAGAGGCGGCCUGCGACUGCUCAACAGCUUCAUGUCAAGUUUUGUUAGAGCUUGUAAAUGAUGUGAACUGCACUGACAAGUAAGUCAACAAGUUUAAACUGUGAACCUGUUUGAGGCGAAAUACUGUUCUGUUUGACUAUGUUUUCACUGCAAAAUAUUUGUGAAUCAAUAUUGAAUUAUCGCUAAUCUGAAGUUGACUUUAAUGAGAGGUGCUGAUUCUGAUUUAAAGCACAGAUUUCAUUGGUAUAAGGGAUGCUGCAUUUUGUUGUGUGUGUAUGUGUAUGUGUUUGUGUGUGUGUGUGCGCGCGCGCGUAAAUUUUGUGUAAAUUAUUGAUAUCGUUUUACUAUUUUUGCCACUUUUCCCAUUUUGUUUUCUCGAAGAAAAUCAGAUCUGAUGUGGAUCUCAGUGUAAGAUUACUUGUGUUUUUUAUUGUAUACAUCAUUGACUUGAAGGAUUGAAGUUCUGAAUUCUGUAUUCAGAUGUAUUCAUGCAACAUGAAUACAAUCAUAAUUUUGUUUUCUCAACAAAGUUAAGGUUUUAUUGAUUGUUGACUCAGGUCUUCUGUUUAUGGUAUGGACAUUUGUGCACAUUUCAUUCCAUUCAUCUGUGAACAAAAGUGUUACUGUUUAGGACAUUAUGUUCUGGUAUCCAAAGAUCCAAAGGCACCGUUUUAAUAAAAGUUGUUCAAAAGUA